AUGGAUGGCACAUCUAAUAUAUUCAUCUUUGAAAUUAGCAGAAAUCUAGAUGAAGUGCCUAGUGUCCAGCAGAAACGUCUUAGGCCAGGGAAGUUGUCUCCUCCUCGUCCUGUUCCAGAUUAUAUACCAAGGCCUCCCUAUGUCAAUUCUCAGCAACCACCUGGUAUUGCAACUGGACCUGAAGUGCAUGACAAGAAGGGGAUAGAAUGCAUGAGAGCUUCUGGAAAGCUUGCCGCGCAGGUUCUUCAAUAUGCUGGGACUUUAGUCAAGCCAGGUAUAAAAACAGAUGAAAUUGACCAAGCAGUUCACCAAAUGAUAAUUGAUAAUGGAGCAUAUCCUUCACCACUUGGAUAUGGUGGGUUUCCUAAGAGUGUCUGCACAUCAGUGAAUGAGUGUAUUUGCCAUGGAAUACCAGACUCACGUGCUCUUGAGGAUGGUGAUAUAAUCAACAUUGAUGUUACAGUUUAUCUAAAUGGUUAUCAUGGUGAUACUUCGGCAACUUUCUUCUGUGGAGAUGUUGAUGACGAAGCCAGAAAGUUGGUUCAGGUGACCGAAGAAUGCCUGUAUAGAGCAAUAUCAAUUUGUGCACCAGGAGUCGAGUACAGGAAAAUUGGCAAAACAAUACAUGACCAUGCAGAUAAAUAUCGUUAUGGUGUCGUCCAACAGUUUGUUGGCCAUGGUGUUGGACGUGUAUUCCAUGCUGAUCCAGUUGUUUUGCACUUCAGAAACAAUGAUGCUGGACGCAUGAUGUUAAAUCAGACCUUCACUAUCGAACCCAUGUUGACAAUUGGUAGCAUUAACCCUGUUAUGUGGGAUGAUAAUUGGACAGUUGUAACUGAAGAUGGAAGCCUAUCAGCACAGUUUGAGCACACCAUUCUGAUUACAAAAGACGGGGCUGAGAUAUUGACCCAUAAAGCUGGUUAUCUUGACAAAAAUAUACGUAUAGGGAAGAAAAUACAGGUGUUGGGGCGCGGGGGUGGUGGUGGUGGUGGGGGUGUGGGUGGGUGGGAAGGGGUGGGGGGAGGAGAGAAAAUCGAUGCAAAUGAUGGCAAUAGAGCCUUGGAACUGGAUGGAGAACAGGUUCGAAUUGCAGAUUCCUUCAACGUGAUUGCAGGAACCAGCACAGAAGGUCUAGUGACAGCACUGCUGACAGCUCCUGAUGAAUGCAAACGUCCUCUAUACAUGGCAAAAGAAAUGGUUCCAUUCUAUCGAAAGCUUUCUCCAAAAAUAUGUCCUCAGUGCAAGUGUUAA